UGAAGUUUGUCAUUUGAGUUCGCGCACUUAUUUCAAUUCGUUCCCCGCAUUGCCGAUUGCCGCCACUGUCGCGUCCUGUGACCCUGUGAGCAGGAGCCAUCAGCCAAAUACUUCUUUAUUUCGCUCGUCGCAGUUGUAUACACACGUUGUACGAAGCAUUCCUCACGUGGGCCACGUGUAAUCAUGGAAAAUAGGAAUAAAGUGGAAUAUCUUAUCGUCGAUACAAGCGCUUUCAUAAGAAAUGCUGCCUUGCAGGACAUUGGAGUCAACAUUUUGACCGAACAGGCUGUCGUCGACGAGAUCACGAGCAAGAGGCAGUUGAGAAGAUUGGUCGUACUGCCGUACGACUUGAAGAUUCAGGAGGCUUUUGCUGAAAACAUUAAAUUUGUGACUGAAUUUUCAAAGAAAAGCGGCGACUACAUCAGCUUGUCUGCCACUGACAUCAAAGUAAUUGCGCUCACGUAUCAGUUGGAAAAAGAGAAAGUCGGGACAGCACAUUUAAAGGAUGUUCCAACGAUAAGGACCAUUAAAUCUGUGGAAGAUAAACCAAGCGGAGAUGAUCCUAAACUGCCAGUUGGUUUCUACAUGCCGAAGAAAAGGGAGAGAAAAGAAUCGGACGUGGAUAACAAUGCAGAAGCUUCAGAUAAUACGGAAGAGACUGAUGUUGAAAAAGAUAUCACACACAUACAGAUUAUAAGUAAUUCGGCGGUAGAUAAUGCGACGAAUGAUGCAGAGAUAAAUGACACGGAAAAACAAUGUACUCCUUACGCAUCUGCAUCCUCAGACGAAUCACAGUCAGAUUAUGAAACGGCUGGGUCAGAUGACGAAGACAAAACGGUUGAUUUAGCUGAUAAGUUUUCCAAAUUAAAGUGCAAUCCAACUGAUUUAGAAGUAGAGGGUGAGAGCGAGGGCAAGUGUGUUGUGGAUGACAUUCUUGCUCCUGUCGAUACGUCCAAAAGUGACGAAUCGUCUGAGGAUGAAGAUGAGGAUGACGAGGAUGAUGAUGAUGAUGACGAUGACGAUGACGACGAUGACAGUGGUUGGAUCACACCAGCGAAUGUUUCCAAUAUAAAGAAGCAAAUGGACUCGGAGAUUCUCGAAGAAAAAGCGGCAACCGUCGCAUGCUUAACGAUGGAUUUCGCGAUGCAAAAUGUGCUCAUGCAAAUGGGACUGAAUGUCGUCGCACUGGAUGGCAGAGUGAUUAAACAGAUGCGAACGUUCAUAUUCAGAUGUUACGCCUGUUUCAAGACCACCAGCGUCAUGACGAAGAUUUUCUGCCCGCACUGCGGUAACAGGACGCUGAAGAAAGUCGAGGUCACGUUAGAUGAGAAUGGGAAACAACAGAUUCACAUCAAUUUUCGGAAACCUCUCUCGGCCAAGGGAAAGAAGUUCUCGCUACCGAUGCCGAAGGGUGGAAAACACGCCAACAAUCCCAUUUUAUGCGACGAUCAACCGAUGCCGGAUCAACGCCCGUCACGUUUGGCGCGCGUAAAAAAUAAUCCGCUCGACGACGAUUACAUAGCUGGAUACUCUCCGUUUGUUAUGCGCGAUGUAAAUUCGAAGUCGGCUAUGCUGGGCAUAAGACCGGACGGUGCCGUCAAGUACUGGAUGAAGAGAAACCCUAAUGAAUCCAAAAAGAGACGAAAAUAAAAACUAUUUAAUUGUUAA